AUGAGUUCAAGUUCUAUCACAUCUGGUGGCGUAGGUGAACGUGGUGUGCCGUCGAAGUGUGUGUGUGGCUUAGAUGUCAAGAUAUUUACCUCUAAAACUCAAGAGAACCCGGGACGACCAUUCUUUCGUUGUGUAAGCAAACGAGAUGUAAAUACGUGGACAAGCAAAAGGGAUAAUCAUUUGUUCAAGUGGGUGGAGGAUGCCGUGUUUGAAGAAGUAGAAGAUGCCUUUCCAAGACUAUCCAUCAUUGCAAAUGAGAUUAGCAAAAUCAAAGCAGAGGUCAAUGAGAUAGAUGCUAUGGUGAAAGAAUUGAAGGAAGAAGACAUGGCCAAUAAAAAAGAACUACGCAAGUUUAUGAUGUGCUUCAAAGUCGGUUUUGUUUGGCUUUGUGUUAUGACCAUUUUGUGUAGUUUUGUAUUGUUUAGGCAAGGAAAUCAGAAGACUUUUAUGUUAGGUUAUUAAAAAGAGCUUAAUGUAAACUCUUUGUGAGCUUAAUGUAAACUCUUUGUGAUA